AUGGCGGGAGAACGUGGAAAAUUCGAUGUCGUUGUUGUCGGAUCCUGCAUGACUGACCUCGUCAGGUUGGCAAAAGCAACGAGACAAACAUUUCCCUUUAUUUUGAUGUGAACCUUUUCUGUCUAAAGAUGUUGUUUUUCUUCACAUCUCCAGCUAUGUUCCACGUCUCCCCAAAGCGGGUGAAACCAUUCAUGGAACGAAAUUCUCAAUGGGAUUUGGUGGCAAAGGGGCUAACCAGUGCGUAAUGGCUGCAAGACUUGGGGCUAAAACCGCUAUGGUUGCGAAAGUAAGUAAGCUUGUCAAGGACAGCGAGGUAUUUGUUUGUUCCACAACAGUCAAGGUAGUAGCAUGUGGAAGACUGCAGGAGGUGUGAAUUAAACACAGUAACUUUGCCGGGUGACUCGAACGUCUAAAUUAAGCUUAAAUCUGCCAUAAUAUUGUGCUUAGUAUUGCUGAUAUCGGUUUUUUAUAGUGAUUUUGUUUUCCUCGAUAAAUACGUGUCUGAAGAUAUAAUCACUUUAUUUUACUGAACAUUAAAAAAAAAAUUGGAAGCUUAAGAGUUUUUGACCUUAAAAUCAGUUAUGUAUUAAAGCUUAUACUAGGCCGAACAAUAUGAAACGGUCCACAUACUUCAACAGGAAAAAGAAAUUUUAAAGCUCAUUGUCAAUGUUGACACGGAUGUGGUUCUUUGCAGGAAAUGAAUGGACUAAAAAGCUUAAACGCGGCAAGCGUAAACAUAUUUCAUUCUUGGUUUCAUUUUGCCGUCGAUUGCAAAUCUGAUAAAAUUUUACUUUUGUGGAAAUUUAAUUGAGCGAAUUAACUUCUUAUGUGAACAAUUUUAAUGUUUGCUACUUCACUUGUGUCCAGACACUGAAGUGAUCUUCAAAUAUUGAGGUUCAAGUUUAGCAAAAUUGUGAGAAAAUCGGAUUCUCAUUUUCGGUUUGUAGUAUUUUGCAUAAACGUAUGCUGAACAAAGAAUAUCUCUUUAUCACAAAGAUUCCUUUUUAAACGUUUUUGUUUUCUAAUAAAGCUGUUCAGGUUAUUGCCAUUUGGAUUUAAUUAUUUCCCAAAGGUGCUGUUAAUUUUUAAAUCUGUUUUAAUUAGUUUAUUCAAAUGCUAAUUUCUGUUUUUGAAAACAGCUGUUAUUUGGCUAUACCUUGAUACAGAUGUAAAAUGCGUUGUACAUUUUCUAUACACAAAUUUCAUGUUCAACAUAUUAACAGUCAUGACUUUUUUCUUUUGUGGAGUGCCAUGAAAUAGACAAUAUAGUUAACAGUUAAAAGGCAAUGAAACAUUUCUUCCCUUCAGAGACAGGUUUUUAUUUGAGUCAGUAAAAUUAUAGAUAAUGAUGUCUGAUUUCAUUAAUGUUAAUUUCCUUAGAUGUUGUUGUGGUUCAGUUGGUCAUUGCAAGUCAAUUUCCCACGUUUGUUUUAUACCUAGAAUUGACCACUGUUCAAACUACAAGUGGUACAAGCUCAAAAUGCAUUAUUUUUUAUAGUGGGUCAAUCUAGCCUGCACAACAGAUGGCAUUUAACUCUGGUAAGUCCAUCUGCAAAACAGAGCUGAAAUCUUUGUUCUGGGUCCCCACCUGUGUAUCAGAAUUUGAGUACGCGCCAUGAUUGGCCAGUUAACCAACUGCCUCGCUUAAGUGGAAGGUUGGUGCCUGGGAUACCUAGGGGCUUCCACUGUGGCCAGCCAACUCGUGGAUAGCAUACUGCCCCCAUGGCUGGCAAAUACCCUCAAUCCAGCCAUGAGCCCCCAUUCCAGGCACCCGACACACUGAUGAAACGGUGGAAGGAAGAAAAAUAAGGGAUGGGAUGGGGGGAAGACACUAAAUGAACCACUCCACAGACCACUGCACAAAUGCUCAAUGAAGAACUUGCAGAUCCUAGCAAUGUACAAAGCUACCAUGUGAGCCUGCACUUAUGGGAUUGACUGCUGGAUGCCCGCUAAGCUUGUGGACCGCUGGAAUGCCAAGCUUGUGGUGGUUAACGUAGUUAAAUUACAUUUAAUCAAAUUUUAAAAAGCCUUCUUGGAUUUGUCAAAUUUGAAAAGCACUUCCUCUUACUUGUUGAGUCUGUAGUGGGCCUAGAACAAGGAUCUCAUGGGUGCUGCUUUGCAGAUCACUACUAACCAGGGUUUGAUAAAUUCUGCGAUGCAAGCCAGGGUCAGUCAAGUAGUAGUCCAAUAUAAGGAUUAAUAAUAACUAUGCCAGGGAAAAAUUGACAUGGUUAUGUAACUUAAUUUAAAUGAGUACUGAAUUAAAAUUUUCCGCCUUUGUGGUUAUCUGGUCCAUUUUUGGUCACGGUUAUUUAAGUAGUUUUCUAUUCAACUGUAGAAUAUGUGGAACAAAAUGCAGAUUGUAAAACUACUAAUUGAUCAGGAAAUUACACAUUUGCUGACCUGCAUUGCAUGCAUUUUCUUCAGGUGUGCUACUGCUUUUUCUUGUAUAACUGCCUUGUUGAAUUUAAGUUGGCAUGUGUAUUUCCUUGCAUUUGCAUUUUUCAUGUGAAAAACACCUUAUUUGCACAGCAGGAACAUCUACCUAUCCUGGACAAUCUGACUGGACUCUUUUCAAUCCCUGAUUGAGUCUGGGGAAAAAAGGGUUUUAAAUUUGUCAAGUUUAUCUACACUGUAAAUACCAUUAUUCAACUUUAUUCAACGUGUUUAAAUGUUUGCCUGAGAAAAUAGCUUACAUUUCAUGACGCAACAACUGGUUUCUAUGUGAAAUUACAUCUGACAAACGAGCACAGAAAUUCCAUGCUGAUGAUGCUUCAUUACUACAUGGGUAUUGCUUCUGAUUGGCUGAAACAAAUUUCCCCACAUGGCACGACUAAUCAGAAGCUCUUCUCAGAUCUGGGUAGUGACACAUCAUUAGUAUGGAAUUUAUGUGGUCGUGACAGUCACAGACGUCAUUUCAUGGGGAAACCAAUGGUGGCAUCACAAAAUGUUGGCUGUUUUCUCAGACUAUUUAAAUGGCGGUAAUUAUAUCUUUUAGGUAGGUAAUGAUUCCUUUGGAGAGCGAUACAUUGAAAAUUUUAAACAAAAUGGAGUUAACACAGGUAUGAGCUACAUUUUACAGUUGAGCCUUUCUAAUGAUUGAUUCAGUUGUUAUUUUUAUUGCCCAUGAUAAAAAUGGGACAUUCAUUAACACCAUUUAAUCCGAAGUUGGGCACUGUCAUCUCCGUAAAUCUCAUGGCCUUCUGUAGUCUGGUGUGGGUGGGGGAGGGGGUUGUAUUGGAUUUAGGGGAUUGGUGCUCCUGUCAAAACGUCUGGGGACAAAUCAAGUGUUCAAACUGUGCAGCCUGUACUGAUAUCCGUAGAGAACUUUAUAACACAGUUGUUAAUAUAAGUCUUAUCUUUCACUGUUGAGUGUUUAAUGCCAUAUUAGUUGAUUCAACAACAACAAAGCUAAAAUGGUAUUACAUUUUUUUGACAAUGAGCACUCUCUGCAACUAUCAAGCUAUUCAAGGUGGGAUGUGUAUGCAAAAUAAUAUAGUUCAGAUCAAAGCUUAGGGCAAGUUUACAGCAGUGUUCAUUGAAUAAAAACUUUACAUAGCUGACAGAGGGCAGUGCUUAAGCAGUGCAUGGUGGCCCCUGGCACCGAGCUUUUCCUUCUGGACAACUAGAAAAUCUUAGAGUCAGUUAUUUAAACGAAGUCUAACUUAGGCUGCUCAUUGGACCUCCAGGUCUUUUUCUUAAGGGGUUAAUUUAAGAAAGUAAGUGCUUUUCCAGACUGCACUAUAUUUUUUAUUCAAAUUGUUCAUGAAAAAUGGUGUUUUGAUAAAAACGUUGGGCAAACUGAAAAUGGCUUAGAACGAAGUUUUGUUAAACACCGGCUAAACUCUGUUUAAAUAAUUGGUCCUCAGUGUUUUCAUAGACAUCAUAUGCUGGGCACACUGGAUUUCACAGGUUCACAACUCUGGGCUUCCUUCAAUUCUUGUUAGAGUGCAACCUUGUGGGAACUAACUUAAAAACUGCAUGAAAGCCAAAUGAAACCAAGUAAAUACAAAUUGAAUCAGCUGAUUUGCUUAUUUUCAACAUUUUUAAUUUUGGAUGUGCAUGGUUGAAUAAUGUCUUCUUGGUUGAUGUUUUGCAGAUCAUGUGAGCGUAACAUCUGAGGCAUCUACAGGAGUUGCUCCAAUUGCAGUCAAUGCAAAUGGUAACUACUUUAUAAUAAUAAUUAUUGUGAUUAUUUGGCUCUUUUGCAAUGUUACAUGUGUUGAACACAUUUGGUGAUUCCACGACUACAAAACCAUCAAAUGUGUUAAGAGUUCCCAUACAUUGUAAGUCUCAGUUUCUAAAGCCUAUCCUUAAGGUGAAAUUAGCCUAAAUUUACUUGCAAUUUAUUGUGGACAUGAUGGAGACUGAGCUAGUAACCUCAAUACCAAGAGUCUAGCUAUUAUGGGGAGGUUUGUUUCACCCAAUCAUCGAAACUUCGUAGCUACUUGUAGAGAGUUCUGAUAUUGUGACUGGAUGUCCUUUACUUGCAUGUGAAGUGUCUCUUGUUAGAAAAAAGCAGGCAUCACUGAAUCAUCUAGACCAUAGCUAAUUUAAGUGGAAUGGUUGGGAAACCCUUAAUGUCAUAGUUUUAGUUAGCUUUUUUGGACCUGACUGUGCACAACGUUCAAUAGUAUUCCUAUCAUUUUGAAGUUAUUGACCAAUAGAAACAUUGCAUUAAUUUAUUCAGUCAUAAUUUGUGAACAGAAAACAACAGAUUGGGCACGGUCAGGGAGCUUCCAACGUAAACUACAGCACCAUUGUUUUCAACUUUGAUGUUUGGCGGGUUUCCCAACCAGUCUCCUCUACUUACUGUGUCUAGACUGCUUGAGAAGUGAAUUACCCUUAACGCUUUCACAGGAAAAAAUAACAGAUUCCCAUUAUUGGAUAUUUUAAGGUAUUUAUAGAAUACCCAUAAAAAUCCCAAGAGACAAGUCCCAACCAGCGAAUUCGCAACCAAGUUCCCUGGUUGGGACUUGUCUCACUCACUCUUCCAAAUUUGGGAUUUUUGUGGGUAUUCUUUAAAUACCCUAAAUUAUCCAAAAAUGGGAAUCUGUUAUUUUUUCCUGUGUUUUUGACAGAAAAAAGGAAGAUUAGUUUAAGGAAGUAGAACUUAGCAGUCUCUCUAGCAACAGUGGUUUUAUUACUAACGGUAUUGAUUUUUACAGGAGAAAAUUCUAUUGUCAUCGUCAGUGGAGCUAAUGAUAUUCUGUCAGAAGAUGAUGUGAGAAAUGCAAAGUCUGUGAUAUUAUCGUCAUCAGUUUGUGUUUGUCAGUUGGAAAUAAAGCCUGAAGUGACACAUUAUACUCUUUCCAUCGCAAAGAAAGCAGGA